AACGGAAACGGAAAUGGAAAUGGAAAUGGAUAGAGAAACGGACGAGAAGGAGGCGCUGCGCCGUGGCUGCAGAUAGACGCAUCGAAGAUGAAUACCAGAGGACUUGGAUCGCAGCUAAAGGAUAGUAUUUCAGUUUCUGAACUUUCAGCUAGUAGUCCUUUUGGAAACCAUGAUAUUCUUCGGAGAGGUUUUUCUUGUGUGAAAAAUGAACUUUUGCCUAGUCAUCCUCUUGAAUUAUCAGAAAAAAAUUUCCAGCUCAAUCAAGAUAAAAUGAAUUUUUCCACACUGAGAAAUAUCCAGGGCCUGUAUGCUCCCCUGAAGUUACAGAUGGAAUUCAAGGCAGUGAAACAGGUCCAGCGUCUUCCCUUCCUUCAGAGCUCGAACCUCUCCUUGGAUAUUUUGAGAGGUUCUGAUGAGAGUAUUGGAUUUGAAGAUAUUCUUAAUGAUCCAUCGCAGAGUGAAAUAAUGGGAGAACCACACAUGAUGGUGGAAUACAAACUUGGUUUACUGUAAGAGAAAUACAUUGCCAGUGAAAAUUGAGGAACAGCAUCCUGUUUAUAAUUGUCUUUUUGUGAUGGUAUGGUGUGUAACAUUAAAAGUACUAAUAUUUACAUAUCUGUUCUUAUGGCUAAUGUGUACAAUCAGUAAUUUGAAUUUGUUUCUAUGUUGAACUGUUGUGUAAUUAUAUUAUUUGGAGGAACUAUGUAUAAAGCAAGACAGUAAGAAAAACUGAACCUUAAUUCUUAAAUGUGAAGUACAAAUUUUUGUAGUAUAUUUUGAGAGGCAUCAUCAUAAGGUUUUUUGUUUUGUUUUUUAGCAUGAAACAGGUGUUCUAAUCUCAUUUUGUUAUAUCUUCUUAGCAUUGAUAUCAACUCCAUAACUUUUAACAGGCAUUGCUUAGCAGAGAAUGAGACCCCAUAUCAUUCUCUCCUCUUGCUACAUUUCUUCUGUAACAAUCAUUGAGUCCAAAAUUGACCUGAGCAAAAUUGCGAUUUCCUAUUUGAGUGAGUUCUCAAGUUUAAAAUGUUUAACUUAAAAUAUUUUCACUAGAUUUUACCAUCUUAACCCAAUAUAUAAAAGUAGGCAGAACUUUGGUUGCAAAGUCAUUGGCAUUUCCUGACUGUGCUCUUAAGACAGCUGCCUUAAAUUUCCUCAAGUAUUUUGCUCUAGUGAUGGCAGUUACCUCUCCUGCCCAGUAGAGGCCAGUUUUCAGAUAAGACAUAAGGAUUGCUUGAAAUAUAAUUGGGAGAAAACUCCUUGCAUUAGUUUUUGGAUCUGACUGAGUUUCUGGUAACCUGGGUCCUCAAUUAACAUUCUCUAAGCAACAGGUAGAAGUAGUCCAGCUUCCCAGCCACUCAGGGCUAGGUUCAAACAAUGCAAUAAAGUUUUCUCACAAUUCCCAUCAUUGAAUAGUGUUUCACCUCUCCUGGUCAGUAGAGGGACUGACUAGUGAGGUUACUGUCAAAAGAAAAUGAUAAGAAUGGAUUUCAUUGUCCUUGCCCCAUGCCAGUUGUGUAACAAUCGAGACCAGGCCUUUUCAGCUUGGCACUGGACCCUGAAUACAGGGGGAAAGAGGUUUUUGUGCAUUAAAAGAAAACAAUUAACAGGAUACAGCAUUAGGUAAUCUUCAUUUCUAACUGGAGGAAAGAUUAGGGAUUUCACAGUUUGGGAAGGGAAGAAAAAACAGAUCAAUUCUUUGAAAUCAGAAAAUGAGAUGUCUCUUCCCUCACUCCCCACCUUCCCCCCCCCCCCCCAAGUGUCUAUUCAAAGGAAUUUGGAAACAGUAAAAGUCCAGUUUUCAGAGAAGACAAAGAUUUUUUGAAAUAUAAUUGGGAAAAAACUCCUUGCAUUAGUUUUUGGAUCUGACUGAGUUUCUGGUAACCUGGGUCCUCAAUUAACAUUCUCUAAGCAACAGGUAGAAGUAGUCCAGCUUCCCAGCCACUCAGGGCUAGGUUCAAACAAUGCAAUAAAGUUUUUCACAAUUCCCAUCAUUGAAUAGUGUUCUCACAGGACAGAAAUUGGACUAGACUCAUAAUUGAAUAGAAAGGGAACUGAAUUAGAUCUAGAUUUGAGUCACAAGAUGGAGUCAGUGUGAUUCAGUCAAAUCCCACAUUAUUAGACAUGGCUCUGAUAUGUCAUUGUGUGUUCAAUCUAUUACUUCUCUUUCUGGGAGCUUUUUAAAGUUGUAUCCAGAUUUGAGUCGUUUUACAAAAAAUAAAUUAUACUGUUUGGUUAAAAUCUGGGAAUACAGGAAAGUUCACAAUAAAAAAUUCCAAAUUA